AUGGCGGUUCUUGACCUGCACCCACAGGGCAACCUUGCCUCCAUCUCCUGGACAACCACCGACAAGGCGCCCAUCAAGAGGCUCUCUGGUAGCAAGCACGAGAAACUGGUCGACGUCCUCGUGAAUAAUGUAGGCAUUAGCCUCGGGAUAAGUUCAGUCGUGAAGGGUAACGAGAGCACGAAGGCUCUCCAUGGGAGGCUGUUGAGCAUGGACCAGGCCGAGUGGGAGGCGGUCUAUCGCAUCAUUGUCGUCGGGUACGUCCUGUAG